AUGGCGGACUACGAGGCGGUGCAGCCGGGCCCGCUGCGGCUCAAGGGCAGCGGCGGCGUCCUGAGCGCGGGCAAGCGGAAGAAGAAGAAGGCGAAGGAGAAGGGCCAGAUCCUGGAGCAGAUCGUGAGCAGCAAGAAGCAGGAGGAGGAGAAGAAGCGCGGCCUGGACAAGCGGACGCCGGCGCAGGUGGCCUACGAGAAGAUGCAGGAGAAGCGGCAAAUGGAGAGGAUCCUGAAGAAAGCCUCCAAGACCCACAAGCAGAGAGUGGAGGACUUCAACAGGCACCUGGACACCCUGACAGAGCAUUACGACAUUCCUAAAGUCAGCUGGACUAAGUGAAGGGGCUCCACAGCCGCAUCAUUGCUUUGUAAAUCCGUGUAUUCCAGUAYUGAACGUUUAAUAUAUCUUCUGAAACGCCUAUGGCCUUGCACUGUCAUAUUUCACCACCUUUUACACAAAGUAUUCAACAAAAUCUCUGCUUGGCUUGUGGAAGCUCUGAUUUAUAUCGAUGCCAGGGGCUCUCUUCUAAGAGCCCACAACCAAAAACAACCGGUGUGMGACAGCUGGAAAACUGCCCUGCGAGUGUUGGUACCAACUGCUCUUCCUUCUGGAGCUGGAGGAUCUGGGUGUCCCUCACUUACUGAAAGCUUCCCUUGUAAAUUAUAGGAGCUGUUUUUCGUUUGUGUCUAGAGUUCUUGGAGAGUUUGGUUUCUGUUUUCUAAAACCCUCUUGUAAUACAGAUGUAACUUCUCAUUAAAAUGCUUUCAUC